AUGCUACAGGCUCGUAGACUGGGAAAGGAGCUGCUCGUUGGUGUGCAUUCAGACGAGGAGAUAUCGGACAAUAAGGGGCCUACCGUCAUGACCCUUGCUGAACGGAUUGCUGCUGUGGAUGCUUGUCGAUGGUCAACAAAGUCCAUCCCGUACGCUCCAUAUGUUACUUCUCUAGACUGGAUAUCUCAUUAUGGAUGCCAGUAUGUUGUUCAUGGAGACGACAUCACCUCAGACAGUGAUGGCAACGACUGCUAUCGGUUUGUCAAGGAGGCAGGCCGCUUUCUAGUGGUGAAGCGUACCCCUGGCAUCUCGACCACUGACCUGGUUGGCCGCAUGCUUCUUUGCACGAAGACUCACUUUAUCAAGUCUCUUCUAGCUUAUAUCACAGGAAAGGAGGGCUCCGGAACUCCUGAGGAGAUGGAGGAGGCUGGCAAGAGUCAUUUCCAGCGUAUCAGAGACUAUGCCACAGACGAGACAGGGCUACGCCCUGGGCCUGAGGUCUGGCAUUGGAAUGGCCCAUCAACUUUAAGCAGCACACCUGCAACUGGCGGAGCACAUGAGCAGCUGCAGCAGUUGGUUGAAGGUGUAAAGCCGAAACCAGGACAGAAGAUUGUCUAUGUUGACGGUGGCUUCGACUUGUUUUCGUCUGGUCAUAUCGAGUUUCUCCGCUGCGUGCACUCUGCAGAAGAAAAGGAGGGAGAUGCUCGUGGGUGGUUCCACCCAGACCAAGUGGCACAGAGAGUAAAGGAACACGGUGAGGAUUACGGACCCGCGUAUAUUGUGGCCGGCGUGCAUGACGACGAGGUAAUCAAUCGCUGGAAAGGCCUGAAUUAUCCAAUCAUGAACAUUUUCGAACGAGGUCUCUGCGUCCUCCAGUGUCGUUAUAUAAAUGCCGUCGUGUUUGCUGCCCCUUUUACUCCAACUGAAGCAUACCUAAGUGCCCUGCCCUUUGGAAUGGCUGAUGUGGUGUACCAUGGCCCUACCACUUUCAUCCCUCUAACCUUUGACCCGUAUGAAGAACCCAGGAAAUUAGGGAUAUUCAAAGAAAUCGGCAAUCAUCAAUUCCAAAACGUCAAUGCUGGAGAAAUAGUACAGCGAAUCAUGACAGCGAGAGCAGCCUUCGAGGAACGACAGAGGAUCAAAAUGCUCAAGAGUAUCAACGAGGCAGAGGUUAAGAAGCAGGAGGAAGCAGCUAAGUUGUCUGGAAAAGGUAAUUAG